UACUGGUUGUACUAAACAUGAUUGACUAAGGCAACUCGGCUGUAGGCAAAACCUGAAAGCUUUUUAGUCAAAAUCUGUUUCUAUUUGUUAUUCAAUUAUUUCAUUAUUUAAUUAGUUAUUGUUUAUUUAUUGUUAUUGAAUUUCAAGAGUGGCUCCAAUAAGGUAGAAUAUGAGGAGGAGAAAUGCCGAUUUUUGUGGCAAAUUUCGUCGACCUGUCAAGAAAUCCAAGCUGACCUCGAGUGGAUUUUAUGGAAGCACUUUUAUGUACUUGAAAUUUUUGAUGGUUUGGUCUUUCGUACUUUUUGCUGAUUUCAUUCUCGAAUUCCGAUUUGAGUAUUUGUGGCCGUUCUGGUUGCUGAUACGAAGUGUUUACGACUCCUUUAAAUACCAAGGAUUGGCUUUCUCAGUCUUUUUCGUUUUCAUUGCACUCACAUCCGAUAUGAUCUGUUUCCUUCUAAUCCCUGUUCAUUGGUUAUUUUUUGUUGCCAGUACAUAUGUGUGGGUACAAUAUGUCUGGCACACCGAAAAAGGAAUAUGUCUUCCGACAUUAUCACUUUGGUUACUAUUUGUAUAUAUUGAAGCAUCGUUUCGCCUGAAGGAAUUAAAGAACCUUCCUUUUCAUUUAGACCUUUGCAGACCUUUUGCGGCACACUGCAUCGGGUAUUCAGUGGUAACUUUGGGUUUUGGUUUUAAAAGUCAUGUCAGUUAUAAGAUGAGGCUGAGAAAACAAUCGGAGGUUGCAAAAGAAAAUGAAUUUUAUUUCGAGCUUCUCCAGAAAGCUUUACCACAAGAAACUUGCGCUACCAAUUUAACUGACAAUACCUCUGUCAUCUCUAACUGUGUUCCUCUUCCAUUAGCCUUAAAUCAUAAUCACCAUAGUCUCAACAAUAAAAAGGCCAUUUCAGGAAGUUCCAAUGAAAAAACUCCAACCGUGAGCCAUAAUUCGUCAAACAUAUCCAAAUUGAAUAACGAAUAUGACUCUAAGAAAAGCUAUGCUAAUGGUAUUGACAAGCAAGAGCUUCAAUUCAUGGAAAAUCCAAUCAACAAGAAACCACUCAGUGAAUAUGAGAAUGAUAGUAAUAUAAGCGAUUGUAAUCAUGAAGAAUCAUUUAAAAACUUAACAUCAUCACUUUCACCAAACAAAUCAACUGAAAAGUUGACAAAUUCUAUGGCAUCCAUUUCACUCUCAUCUUCAAACAAAUUGAACCACUCAUCCAACCAUGUAACAUCUAGUAACUCCAAUGCCAACUCCUUACCUUUUGGUAAUGUUCAGUCUUUAAAUAUUUCAAAUAAGAAAACCAAAAACAAUUUGGCUAACAAUUUAACUUCUCAAAAAGAUGAGCUUGUGAUACGCCUUGAAGCAGAUAUUAAGAGACUUAAAGCUUAUUUACAAGCCAGUCGUCAAACGGAACUUGAAUUAAAAUCUCAGAUUAAUAGUCUCCUAUCUGAAGAAAGAAGUCUUAAAAGUGAAUUAUCUACAUUACAGCAAGACAAUGAUAGCCUGCAGACUAGGCUACAUAACUUGUUGUCUGCUCGACAGCAAGAUAAGCAAACAGUAUCACAAUUAGAAAAACGUUUGCAAGAAGAAAAGAAAUCAAGAGCGUCUUACGAGAGUCAACUUGCCAGUGAAAGAAAAGCCAAAAAAGACGAAGCAAAUGCCAGAGCAGCUGCGGCAGCUGCAAGAAUAGAAUGUACAGAGAUUUGUAAAAACAAAAGAAGAGAGCUUGAAAGUGAAUUAAAGCUCUUGAGAAAAGAAAUUAAAGUUCGAGAAGAUCAAGUGAAACAGAUUGAUUGUGAGGCACAGUCUCUCCGUCAGUAUAAAGAAUCUCAUGGAGAUACAGAAAUACUCUUGUCCGCUCUGUCUGCUAUGCAAGACAAGAACGCACAUUUGGAAAAUAGUUUAAGUGCAGAGACAAGAUUAAAAUUGGAUCUCUUUUCUGCCUUAGGGGAAGCGAAAAGGCAGCUCGAAAUUAACCAAGGUAAGAAUUCACUAUUGCAACAAAAAGAGAGACAAAUCGAGGAACUUGAGUCAACAGUGGACCAGCUUAAAGCCCGUUUCACAGAAUUGUUAGCGGUUAUGCCAGCAACAAACGCAUAUACUGGUAUUGAUAGUGAUAUUGUGUCAUCCCUUAUGCUCAACUCCAAGUUCAUGCCAGAUCCAAAUGAUUCUCAUGAAUCAUCCAUGAAAUCUCCAUUGGAUCCUAACGCACCCAUUUAUACUCCUAAAAGCCCUGAUCUCUAACCCAGUCUACCUGAUCUCUAUCCCAUCCAACUUGAUGAUAGGUAUGAUCAAAAUGAUCAUAUUUACCAUUUUAAAUAAAAUAAUCAAGUUAAUAAAAAUUAAUUAAGCCACAGUUGA